CCAUAGACCCAGAAAAAAACUCUGUGUGUGUGUGUGUGUGUGUGUGUGUGUGUGUGUAGCAUGCCAGUUUGUGUGGACAGUGUGAGCGCUGUCUCAAAUACAAAAGGACACCUUCACAGGUUCAACACAGGCAAAGAUUCUCAUUUCUCUUGCUACUGCCAGCCUCAGGUAUGAGGGCCUGCUUGGUAUUCCUUUGCUUCCUGGCAGCAACAUUUGCCCUGUCUGUAAAGAGUAAACCUCAUGGAAAACAUCAUGGAUUGCACAAGACUUCACAUACAGCCAAAGAAAAGGACGUUAUCACAGAGGAGGCCAACAAGCCACAGAUCUUACCCACUUUAGUCACGUUUGAGGCCAGCAGCCAGGAGCAGGAAGAUGAAGAACUGAGCUCCCAAGACAAUGCUAAUGCUAACAAGGAGGAGGGAGAGUUUGAGGUGUCUGAGAGGAGCGACAAAACGACUGCAGUCCUGCUGAGCGAGGAGGAGCUGGUGGACCUCCUUAAGAAGGAAGCAGAAGAAGAGCAGGAAGCAGAGGAGAGAGUGCUAGAGGAAGAAGAAGAAGAAGUGGAGAUGGACAAAGGCAAGGCGGAGUCUGGUGAGGCUGUGGAGACCACUGAGGACAAGGAGGUGGAGGAGAGGAAGAUGGACGACAAACUGGAAGUGGAGGGAGAUGAUAAAGAGGUGACAGAUGAGGCGGAAGAAGGAGUAAAGGAAGAUAUGCUGGAGAAAGAGGAGGAAGAAGAGGUGGAAAAUAUGUCACUCGAGGAAAAGAAGGAAAAGUCAGUUGAAAAAACAGCAGACAAAGAGGUACAAGGGGCAUUUCUGGAGGAGAUAGAUGGAAGCACAGAUUCAGAGAUUCCAGCUGAUCUUGACUACGCUGCCGAUAGUGGCAUCUUACAACCUCUCCAGAUUGUAUCUGCUAAAAUAAAACCCCACCCUGAUGACACACUGCCUGAUUCAAAACCAGAUGUUAAAGUGAAGAAAGACGGUGAGAAAGAACUGCCCAUCAUAACAUAUGACUAUGAACAGGACGUUCAAAACACUGAGGCAGUGGACAGUGAGGAGGAGUCUGAUCAAGACAAAGACUCACAGGCAAUAUCUAAAGAUGUCGAUAAGAAAGAACCUGAAGCAAACGCAGACCCUCAUGAACCAAAAAGCACUACAGAGUUCGAGUCAGGUUCCCGAACGGCUGGAAAGGAGGAAGAGAAAAGUAAGAACGAGAGUGGCAGUCACACCAAGGGAAAGACAAGGAAGCAAAAGAAGAACAAGAGGGCAAGGAAGCACUCUCCACAGAGCGAGGAAACACAGUCUGGACAGGAACAGACCCAACAGGAUCCUCAGGUGUCUGAGGGCAGCAGCAUUGACAAUACAGUCCAAAAGGCAAAGAGGAGAAGGGCAGGAAAAUGGGGUCCUUUGGUAGGAAUGAAUCCAGUGCAGAUAAGAGCCACGGUAGAUCUCUACCCCAGUUCCAGACCCCCUCUUGGUGGAGGCGUCCAUCACCCAGAAGCCCCUGCUGAUCCAUGCGACAAUUUUCCCUGCAAACGUGGAAAGACGUGUAAACUUGAUGCAGACAAUAAGCCAGGCUGUGUGUGCCAAGAGCCGUCUGAAUGUCCUCCCAGUGUGAACGACUUUGAUCAUGUUUGUGGGACUAACAACAAAACAUAUGCUACGUCAUGUGAACUCUUUGCUACUAAAUGCAAGCUGGAGGGCACUAAGAGAGGACACAGACUUCAUCUGGACUACACUGGGCCAUGCAAAGUAAUACCUCCUUGUGUGGACACGGAGCUGGUCCAGUUUCCUCUACGAAUGAGAGACUGGUUGAAAAAUGUACUGCUGCAGCUCUAUGAACAUGACUCCAUGACUCCUGGCUUCCUCACGCCUAAACAGCGUUUUAGAGUGAAGAAAAUUUUUGAGAGUGAGCGGCGUCUUCAUGCUGGUGAUCACUCCGUUGAGCUGCUCGCGCAGGACUUUGAGAAGAACUACAACAUGUACAUCUACCCAGUGCACUGGCAGUUUGCACAACUGGACCAACACCCUUCUGACAGAGUCUUGUCCCACUCAGAGCUGGCUCCACUGCGAGUCCCUCUGGUGCCGAUGGAGCACUGCACCUCCCGCUUCUUCCAAGAGUGCGACGCUGACAAGGACAAGCAGGUGUCCUUUAAAGAGUGGACCUCCUGUUUUGGUAUCAAGAACGAUGAUAUGGAUGCCAACCUGCUAUUCUGAGCUCCAUGUCCUUCCUCAUCUACAACAGAAGCUUAUUAAAGCUGCUCCAACAGUGCAGCUUGAGACAGACGCCUCCAUGAACCU